UUUUGAACUCGGGAACGCGCUCAUGAUGCCCCAAAACGCUGCCUACGUAAACAGCUCACGAAGUUUCCAGCCACAGCCCAUGUAGACGAAUGGACACGCAGAGCGUGUGGGAGAGAGAGAGAGAGAGAGAGAGAGAGAGAGAGAGAGAGUUUCGUGGAUACACAGGACACGCCACUGAUUUUGACAGUUCAGUUCAGUUUGAUCUGGUGUUGAUUUUAGGGAUGUUUUCCACAGUAUGAUCUGCGCGCUCUGGCGGGACCGGACCGUUAGACGAGAGUUGAUCGAGGACGAGCGCUGGAAGACUUUACGAUGAUAGGUAACGAGCGGACAUCCAAACCGCCUCCAGCAUCACCUGCGGCUUUACCGGUCAACACAUCUAAGAGAAGAUUUACAAGGGUCGGAAGAAAGCAAAGCAAUGGUUCCCUCCAGUCAAGCUCAUCCAGCGGCACAACCACAGAGAUUGUGGGUAUCCGCCAACCAGCAAAGAACAAGAUCCGUCGCCACCAGCAUCGCCUCUCAGCUGUGUUCAGCCGGGGUCCUCGGAGAGACUCUGGGGAGAUGGCUGCUUCAGGAGAGGAAGUGUCGGUGACUGAAGAUCCCUCCGAGCUAUCAAAUCACAUCACGGCCCCAGGCAUUCUGAAGAUUUUUGGCACUGAGAUUUGUGAAGGAGCCAACUAUAAAAGUGUACUGGCCACAACACACUCCAACGCCAAAGAACUUGUCAAAGAGGCAUUAGCCAGAUACUCCCUAAGCAAAGAAAAUACAGAUGACUAUGUGUUAUGUGAUGUGAUUGGCUGUAUUGGAGAUCACACCUGGAGGACUGAAUGUGUUCGUGUGGUAGGUGACAAUGAAAAGCCCCUCCUGCUACAGUCCCUCUGGAAACCUAAAGAGGGUUAUGCACGUCGAUUUGAAAUCCAGCACAAGGCUACUGUGGAAGAGAACAACUCCAGAGAUAAGGACACAGUGACCGCAGGCAUAAAUGCACAGGCACGAAAGUUGCAGAAGACGCGCUCCAGGGGCAAAUCUGUUCCUCUGGACAUCUGUGUAAACGAAGGUGCAGAUGACAGCAGACACAAUCUGUUUAGGAGUGCAAGCGAGACAAAACUAACAGCUGAUUCUCAACGCACCUGCAUCCGAUCCUAUAAAGAAGCCGGCGAAAACGGCAAGAACCAAUUGCAGGGGGAGGAGCCAGAGGCUGAGGCCUACAAAGCAACACACUGUCCUGCCAAUGAAAGAGAGGAGACCGAGAGUAGCGAUGACAACUCCACACAGUAUUCCAUUCAUCCACCCCUUGAGUUUCCUUAUUUCCUGCUCCUGCAGGGCUUCAGUUACAGACAGGAUUUUAUCAUCUACGCACUGAUAGGCAGCUACACAGUAUUUGGGCGCCAAGUUAAACAAACUUGCGGUGAGCGUGAAGGUGAUACAGAUAGUCACCAUCUAUGGGCGCCUGAUAUUCUCCCCCAUCACUGCUGUGUUCAGCGCCUGGACAACCAUCCAGCCCCCGACCAAACUCUGGGAGGUGUCACUCUACUGAAACCCUUUGAUGGAGCAAAAGUGAAGUGGAAUGGAGUUGUCAUUACCCAAGAUGCUGAGCUGCAAUCAGGAGACAUCAUCGGCUUGGGUGAUCAUUACCUCUUCAUGUAUAAAGACCCCAACUCACCAAGGGUCACAACUAACGUUACCCUACCAUGGCAUCAUGAGAUGUCACAUACGUGCAGGCUACCCAUACUUUGUAAAACGUGUACGUUAUCAGAGAGAAAGUCUCGCGGUAAUGGCUUGCCCUGUCUUAAGGAUUCGGAAGGAGAGGAACUGGUGCUGGCUUAUGAUGUGGAACAUGAGUCCAGGGUCCUUAAGGAGAUAUUUGCAAUGGUUGAGAAGACUGAAAGCGCACACAGACUGACCGCAUCCUUCCUGCUGUGCUUGUGUCUCCAACAGUCUGCUACUCAUUUCUCAAUGCCUGCCAUACGCAGACUGCUGUUACAUAUAGCCAAUGAGAUUCAAACGGUCGUAUGGGCCAAAGCAAAAGAACUCGCAGCUGUAUUGUCUGAAAACGGUGAGUCAGACCCAGAAGACUUGCAUCCAAGCACUGAAAAGCUGAUCCAGGGUCUGGAACCACUCGUCCUGUGGAUGGCCAAUUCAAUCCAGCUCCUUCAUUUCAUUCAGCAGGAGGUUCCUCGUCUGCUACACGCAAUCUCACAAGAAGAGGAGGAGGAAGAGGAAGAUUGUAAUGCGGUGCUGGAGUUACGCCUGUCCUCAAUACGAUCAGCCAGUGAGGAGGCCAUGACGGUUCUGGAGGAGGUCAUAAUGUUCACCUUCCAGCAGUGUGUCUAUUAUCUCACUAAGAUGUUGUAUCCAGUUCUUCCAGGCUUGUUGGACAGUAAUCCUUUCUCCAAAAGUGGACAGCUGCAGAUCUCGAAGGACGUCAGAAGGGUCCUGGAAAUCUGUACAAAAACACUGCAGCUAGUCAGAGUGUUCCAGGUGCACCCAGAAAUCACAGUGCAGCUCUUCGCCUACCUCUUCUUCUUCAUCAAUGCUUUGCUUUUCAAUCUGUUGAUGGAGAGAGGAUCGGGGGGAAGUUUUUACCAGUGGUCUCGUGGGGUCCAGAUCAGGGCUAAUUUGGAUCUGCUUAUAGACUGGGCACAUGGAGCAGGACUGAAUGAUUUGGCACACAGCUACCUUCUCAAACUCUCAACAGCUGUCAAUCUACUGGCCACGCCCAAGGAAACUCUUUUGCAGAUGUCCUGGAGUGCCCUGCGGAUGGAGUUUAAUGCACUUAAUCCAGCACAGCUGCACCACAUACUGAGAGAGUAUAACUCACGACGCUCGUGUCCUGCUGCAUGGGCGCCCUCUAGUGAUGAAACCAACACUGCUCUCACAACCAUUGAUAUCCUGGAAAGUUUUGAUAAGCACCCACCUCUCAUACUCCCUCUGGAUGGAUUUGUUCUUGAUCUAAAAAGACCGAUCAGUGAAACGGGUCUAGUUAAACAGCUGAGUCAUUUUCAAAGGCUGAUCAAAAAACUCACCGACCCGGAUUCUGGUCCAAAUUCCACAGAACCACAUCAGUUCGUCUCCGCUGUACCAACAGAAGCCAAACUUACUAAACUGGAAGCUCAUCCAACAGCUCAUCUUGAACUUUGGCACACGGAGAAAGUUUUUCCUUGGGCUGAAACAAAUGAUUUGAGCUCUUGUGAAACUAUUUUAACAAAGAAGCUUCAAAAUCUCCAGUUACAGAUGAAAGGGUUGCAUCCCAGCAGUGUGGAGCGCUCGGCCCCAUUUUUACUUACACCACCAAACCCACUGCAAAACCUUGAGCUGAUGGAUCCUGAAACAGACCAGCAGGAGACGAUAUCACACCAUCAGACCUCCAAAUACCUUACUGAUAUCAAACAAGAAGGUGAGGGUGAUGAGGAAGAUGUGUUUGUGCUGGAGUUGCAGAGAGGAUCAUGUGGUUUGGGUCUGGCAUUGGUAGAUGGACAGGAAACACCAUUUAAAGUCAAUGGAAUAUACAUCAAAUCCGUAAUGCCGGAAUCUCCUGCUGCUUUGUCCCAGCGGCUGAGACCAGGGGAUCGUAUUCUAGCAGUGAAUGGACUCAGUCUGGUUGGGGUGGACUACCAAACUGGCAGGGAGCUCAUUCAGACAUCAGGAGACAGACCCCGAUUACUAGUUGCCAAAUCUGACAGAAAUACAAGAGAAGCAUAACAUUCCUCUCACAAAACAACUUUUCUACAUUUUUUACCAAAUGCUUUUAUGUGUAUAUGUCUUUUAUUUUAUUGUUAUACGUGUGUGUGUGUGUGUGUGUGUGUUUCAUUAAUUGAAUUUUGAGAUUAAAUGUAUCGAUGUUUUUUUGAAAUGAUAAAACAUUUGUUAAUGUAUGUCUUAUACAAAUGGCCUCAUUGCCUUGACCAACUAAGUAAAACCUUUUUUUUUUCAAAUGCUG